AUGCCUGCCAUCAGAACAGAGACCAGGAUCUCCAAGGCAACUGGAGAUACCAUCUCUUACCCCCUUGACAGAUCCAGUGAGCACAGGACCAAGUUCCCUUGGUCCCAGGACAACCUGGAUCAAUGGGCACCCCCAGAUCAUCCAUGGGCUGGGACAUGGGGAAUGAUCAACCCCUUAUCACCAACAUCCAUGGCUGGUAUAAGGUCAUCACAAGAUCAACCCUUGAUUACAUACCAAUGGGUCAACGAUGGAAAUGCUACUGGAUUGGAAGAACCCUAUGCUGUCCAAUCAGCCACCAAAACAACCCAAACUAAUGCAAAGUACCAAGUUCUUUGCUUAGGUGGCUAUGUGGACAACCUCACUCCUGAGGAUGUCUAUUACAUGAUCCUAGAACGCAAAAUGAGCAUAGAGGAUCUACAUGACUGGCUCAAACAAUGGGCCAUGCAAGCAGCUCAGAAUGAUCUGAGCAGAAGUAUAUCCAACUUAGCAAUCCAUGAAUUAAGUGAUGAAGGAGGACAUGAGUCUGACCUUGAAAGUAACAAGGCCAUGAACAAAUGGAAUCCCUUGGAUUAUGCUGAUGGAAUGUGA